UUUGAUUGAGAAAAUUCUGAUAGUAUGGUGUCUUCUUUUCAUCUGUCUUAGCAUAUUGAUCCUGAGUUAAUUUACAGGAACGUCCCGAUGCAGAGAGACAGAUUGCUUCUUUAGGAGAAAAAGGCAAAAAAUCAUUGAAGGGCUCCCAAUCCAAUACAGUUUUCCACCCACUUGUUGAUAGACUCCAAGCAUGCGAUGUUAACAGUCCAUACCUUUUUAGCUGCUCUGUAACAUCAUUCUAUAUAUAGACUUAGCAUGUGACUCCACAGUCACUAUCUUAAUUUCAUAGCUCUUCCCUUUAAUUGCAUUCUGCUGCUGCUACAAUAAUAAUACUAGUAGUACAUGAAUAUGAAGCCUUUGGUCAACAGUACCCUUUGGCUAGUGGUGCUGUAUUGUGCAAUUAUUACUACAAAUUAUUCAGUAGUAGCACAUUCAAGGAAGUGUGAUUUUCCAGCAAUAUUCAACUUUGGUGACUCAAAUUCAGACACUGGAGGUCUUUCUGCUGCCUUUGGACAACCUGGUUAUCCUUAUGGAGAGUCCUUCUUCCAUCACCCUGUUGGUCGUUACUGUGAUGGCCGUCUAAUUGUUGAUUUCAUUGCCGAGAAGCUGGGUCUUCCAUAUUUGAAUGCAUACCUUGAUGCUGUUGGCUCAAAUUUUAGCCAUGGAGCAAACUUUGCAACUGCUGGAUCCACCAUUAGACCUCAGAAUACAACCCUUCAUCAAACUGGUGGUUUCAGCCCUUUCUCUUUGGAUGUUCAAUUCAAUCAGUUCAAUGAUUUCCAGCGUAGGACUCAAUUUUUUCGCAAUAAUAAAGGUGGAAUAUAUAAAACAUUGUUACCAAAAGCAGAAGAUUUUUCGCGAGCAUUAUACACAUUUGAUAUUGGUCAAAAUGACUUGGCAUCCGGUUACUUCCACAACAUGUCCGUCGAUCAAGUUAGAGCAUAUGUUCCUGAUGUCUUGGCUCAAUUCAAGAGCACAAUCAAGAAUGUAUAUUCUCGCGGGGGAAGAUCAUUUUGGGUUCACAAUACUGGUCCUGUUGGUUGUUUGCCAUACAUCAUUGAACUUCACAAAGUAACACCAGAUAAAGUAGACAAAGCAGGAUGUUCAACCCCUUAUAAUGAAGUGGCUAAGUUCUUCAAUCAUGAACUCAAACAAGCUGUUGUUCAGCUCAGGAAAAAGCUUCCCUUGGCUGCCAUAACCUAUGUUGAUGUUUACUCCGCCAAGUACUCUCUCAUUAGUCAAGCACACAAACAUGGUUUUGAGGAACCUUUGAGAGCUUGUUGUGGACAUGGUGGAAAGUACAACUACAAUCUACACAUUGGAUGUGGAGCAAAGGUUAAGAUUCAUGGAAAAGAGAUUUUGAUUGCAAAACCAUGCAAGGAUCCAUCUGUUGUGGUUAAUUGGGAUGGUGUUCAUUUAACUCAGGCUGCUAAUAAAUGGGUGUUUGAGCAAAUUGUAGAUGGUUCUUUUUCUGAUCCUCCUAUUCCUUUGAACAUGGCAUGUCAUAAGCACCCUUAAUUGAAGGGUUGCCUAAAAAAUGUUUCACCUCUAUUAAUUGAGAGAAACUUGUUUCUUAGUUUGAUAGGAUUUUGUUGGAGAAAUAAAAUUGACAAGAGGAUUUUGAGUUCUAAAUAAUAAUGUUCACUGAGUUUUGAGCUUAA